UUAAAAAAAUAAUUUUUUAUGAUAAUAGGAACUUUUACUCCCAAGGAUUUUGGUAUGUUGGCCGAUUUUGAUGUUGUGGACUGAUGAUUUGUGUUCUACAAUUCAGGAGGAAUAACAUGAGCAACACUUUGAUUGUUUGAAGUGUCCAUGUGUAUUUUAAAAAGUCACAUGAUGUAAUAUCGUCUUCUUUCUUUAAAGUGUUGGAGCGCCAUAGCUUAUUGACGCAAAUGCGAGCACAUUCAUAUGUUAGCUAGUAUAUUUUCCUCAUAUUAGUGUUUUUGGUAUAAAUGAAAAUGAAUAUAGUUUAUGGUGUUCAAGAAUCUUAUUGUCGAUAUCUUGUGUUGAAUGUCACAUCAUAACUGAUAAUCAUCUAUGUAAAACAAAGGCUGAUUUGAAACUACUUUAUGUCUGACAGUUUCUAUAAGUGAUAUGGAAUCUUUGUAUGAUUUGUACAAAAGAUCAAGCGCUUCUGUUGUCAAAGACGGUUAUAUUCGGAAGGAAGAUCUUCACUUCGCCCUCUGCAGAAAGGGCAACAAGCGAAAUCUUUUUGUGGACAGAUUGAAGGUGAUGGUGCUAGCAAUCUUGACUGAGUCUAAUAUGAAACUCUCCAACGAUGUGGUUGAAAUAAUAGUGGACAAGGUUUGUGUUGUCUUUCAAACUCAAAUUAUUAGACUAAAAAAAAAAAUCCUUGGUAUAAGGUACUCACAUGUACUUGUACUUGAGUCCUUGACAAACAUUUGUGGUAGCAGACACUAAAGAUGAUGGGAAACUUGAUCCAGAGUAAUGGCAACAACAUGUGGAAGAUAAACCAUCAUUACUGAAGAA